AACCGUGGAAAAAAGUUUUGAUGAUUUAUUGUUGAUAAUGAUAUUUCUCAUAAUUUUCUUAUAAUCAAUUUAAAUUUGAAUAUAUAUAUAUAUAUUUAAUCUGAGAUAUUUCCAACUAAUUUUAGUCGUUGCUUGUUAAAUUAUAAAAUGCUUGACAUAAUUGAUGAACCUCAUGAAAUGUUGUUAGAUAAUUAUAUUUCAAAUAUUAAAAGAAAGAAAUGGGAAAAUAACUAUACCAUUGCAGAAGAAACUGUAAAGCUUUUUAGGCAUUUUAUAGACACAAUUAAAUGGUCAACUACUAAGGAAUUACUGAAUCAACUGAGAGAUUAUGGAAUGAAAAUUACAUCUGCCUUACCAUUGCAAUUUAUUGUUGGUAAUAUUGUAAGGCGUAUAUUAAAUAUUAUUAGAGAAGAAUACAUAGAUGCUAGAAAAAACACAGAAGAAGAAAUUGAUUUACAAGACUCAUUACAUAAGAUUGUUUCAUCAGAAGAUGAUAUAGAUGACUAUAAUACUAUUGUCCCAGAACUUAAAUUAUCAAUUUUCGAACAUUUGGAUGAAUUCCAAGUUGAGAUAGAAUCAAGUAAUGAAGAUAUUGCUAAACAAGCUCUUGAACAUAUUCAUUCAAAUGAAAUUAUUCUUACUGUUGGUAAAUCAUCAGAAGUUGAAAUGUUUUUAAAAAAAGCUGCUAAAGACCGAACUUUUGAAGUAUUCGUUACAGAAUGUGCUCCCUUAAAUCACGGUAGACAAUUAGCUCUUAAUCUCUCAAAACAUAAAAUACAGUCUACAUUAAUUCCAGACUCAACAAUGUUUGGUAUUAUGUCUAGAGUAAAUAAAGUAAUUAUUGGUGUAGAUUCUGUUAUGGCCAAUGGAGGGUUACGAACAUUUAAUGGUUGUCAUGCUGUUUCUUUAGCUGCUGCUCAUUAUUCGGUUCCUGUAAUAGUCUUAGCACCAAUGUAUAAAUUAAGCUCGCGUUAUUUGUGUUCAUACAAUCAGGAUGCAUUUAAUGAGUUUGUAUCACCAGAUGGCGUUCUUAAUUAUUCAGAUUCAGUUGUAUCAAAAGUUGAUGUUUAUAAUCCUACAUAUGAUUAUGUUCCACCAGAAAAUGUUACACUAUUUAUUUCAAACAAUGGUGGCCAUUCUCCUUCAUAUGUGUACAGAUUAUUAUCUGAGAUUUAUCAUCCACUGGACUAUGAUUUAUCUAUUCAUUAAUGAAUACAUUAAGAAUAAAUAUCACUGUAAAGAAAAUAAAUUAAAUCACUUGACAUA